AUGCAACAUAGCAUUACUUCAUUCCUUUCGAGUGAUGAACCUUUGGUUUACGCGAAGUGGCGAUUUGAAGAAAAUUAUUAUGCAGGAAAAAUUGAAUCCGUAGAAAAUCACUCAUGCUAUCUGAUUACUUUCGAAGACACGGGAAGAGCAAUUGUCAAAGAAUCCGAUAUUAUUCAGGUUUAUUUGCUACCUGUUGGUGCUAUAGUUAGUGCUCAAAUAAAGGAUGAUAAUGAUUAUUGGGGUAAUUGUAUUAUCCAGACUCACCUGAGUGAUCCUGACUGUCCAUAUAAGAUUUUGCACCAUACUACAAAUGAAUUUUAUCGUUUACGAAGAUUUCAAGUGUCCAUCAAUGAGACAGAGGUGAAAAACUUGAGAGAUCGAAAGCUCCUACAGACCAAUCAUUUUGAACCACGGGAUUCACCGCAUUGUGAUCCUGAAGUCUUAAGAGCUAAUGUGAGUUCGUCAAGUGGUACAGGGAACAGAAAGCGAAGGCCAAAGCCGAAAGUUUUUGGCGACGACUGGAUUACACCGGAUAAUUACCGAAAAAGAAGCAAGUCAGAGUCAGGUGAAGUGAGAGAUAAUGUGAAGAGUGAAGACGCAAACAGACUCCACAUUGAAAUUAUGGGCUGUCAUCAUCGACACCAUUGGAAGGUGGUUUGUUGGAUUCAAUAUGUCGUAUCUUGAGUAUUCCAACUCCAAGAUCAUCAGUGUUUAAAGGAUGGACUAUUAUUCUUACUGGUGGUGCUAGAAGUGAGUUUUUAGGGUCGUCUCUACCAAUCGACUCGUUGAUGUUUACUUUGCAUUAAUGGUCAUUUUUUGCUAUGGCUUAAAGUAGUAGAGACUUAUAGAAGUGGUGAUAUUUUCGGGUAAUUAUUACAGCAGUCAGCUGAUUUGUUAACCACCCCUAGGUGGAUCAUUUGUUGUUCAGUGAGGAUUUUAUUGAACAACCGAUUGUUACGUCAUCAAGGGUAAGCGUUGUUACGUUAGGUGCCUGCG